CUCUUUUGUUGGACCUUUUAAUAGGUCUCCGUCCAGCACACGGGUCGGCCCGCGAAGCCGUAAGGCUUCCGUGCCUAACUCGACAAGGAGUUUUGCCGUCCUUUUCCGGAUGGAUCCUCAGGCCGAAGGCCUUAAUCGUUAAGGAGGAUUUCCCCUCUCGGCCGUCCAAGGUGGCCAUGCCACGGCCGGUCGAUAGCGUCUAAGAGGGAAGACGCCUGCAUCCCCCCCCCCCCCCCCCCCAGCAACGCCCGCUGGUCCCGUCGGCCGAGUACCGGCCUAGACACCGCUCGCCUUGCCAUCCGGCGAGAUUUCCGGCCGCACAGCUCGACUGGAGUCGCUGUGUCGGCCACCGAACCCACCACCAUCAAGCAGCAGCGGUAUGUACCGGUACCACCGAAUAGAUUAGGUCACACAUUAACAAAUUUACACUAAAUUAUUAUUACACAGAACAACACGCACACGCCACAAUUAGGAUUUUAAUAAAUUAUAUCAAGAAACGUUAAAGAUCUAUGUAGUGUUUUUGUAUCGCGAAAAGCCCUUGAUUACCCAGUAGCUAGCCGACCCUGGGAUUGCCGGAAUCUCUUGUGUCCUGAGUCGGCCCGGCACUGAUUAGUUGUCGAUUCGUUUCACUUGGCACCCAGCCAAAAGUCCGCGAAAGGUAAUCAAGGGACCGAAGUAGCAUACAAAAAUCUAACGAUUUUUGCCGACGGGAGGUGGCAGGGAUACGUGCUUGCACGUAUGUCUCGCCCCUUACGCACUAUCUUCACUCACUUGCGAAAUCUGUGAUAAGACGAAGCUUUUGCUUCAAAAGAGGUCCUGAGCACAUCACGGACACAUUUGCUCUUGAUUUUCGUUUUUUCCGUACUAAAAUUCGUAGAUGUUGGCAAAUUUUGUGUUUCGUGAUCCGUUUAUGCAUUGUCCAUCAUAAUCAUAAUUGAACUUUACUUUCUAUGCACAAUCACUAAGACAACAGAAGCGCACAAUUUAUUUUAAUCCGUUUGUUUUGUUUCGUCACUAUGUUUUUCCAUUUCAUUUUACCCUACUGACCCACAACACACGCAGAUUCUCAUACACAAUGACUCGCAAGCGACGAGCAAAGGCUGAAACCAAUUAUAAUCCAAUCAAUUGGCAGCCGACGACGUACGAUGCGGACGAGUCGGACUUAGAGGAAUGGCUCGAAAUGCCUCGUCCGUUGCUCUCGACGCAUCCUAACUACCCGCUAGAGGAGUUAGAGCUGGACCUCGAAGAGACUUUGCAUACCAUUCGGGAGCAAAGGACUUCGGGGGUGAUGAUGCCAGCAGACGUCAUAAAAAUCAAGCGAAUCAUUUACCUUUUCAUGCGUGACAUGAACAUCGUCACAUGCGAUGUAAAUUCUCGCUAUUUGCCCCCCAGCGCGACAUGCGAGUAUAGGGCGCCGGAAUCAGAACCAGAGGAAGAGAUCGAGUUGAUCAUCCCUAGUUCCGAUUCCGAAGACAACGAAAUGUCCUUCAGCGAGCCCGAAUCUGAUUCGGAAGACCAACUUCAGGUCGAAAUGGGAACGGAAAGGAGCCCUGUGUCACGCUAUUCUUCCGGUUAUUUCUCUCCCGAUUUUGACACCAGUAAGUCGGUGAUUCAAUCUUCCAAAAUUCCCCGAGACUUACCUGGUAAAGCUUUCCAAUCUUCAAAGUCACAAACUUCGAACCCCGAAUCCCUCCGAAAGCAGACCCGGUCGUUCAAGAUCCGGAAAAAGGCCAACCUAAAUCUUCGAGCGGAACCUACGGCCAAAGAACUGUGCAGCGAAAACCUAACUUCGAUCUUGGAACCCAUCCCUUCUUUGAACAAUCCCAGUUCCGGACGCACACCUGGAACCACCCAAAAGGUCUUUUCUUUCAACAAAAAGAAGAAGAAACACUGCUAAACUUUAAACUCAACAAGUGAUUUUAUUUUUCUUUUGCCGUUCACUUGCAAUUAUUCGGCAGUUUGCCUUCAACCCGGCGAGGUGCGGGAGUUAUCACCUUUCCCCAGUUGCCGGCGGCAGACAUCGCUGGAUGGAAGUGGUCUGUAAAAGAGUAAAUGAACCGUUUUUAACAAUUAAAUAACACCGAAGGACUAUGGUUUGUUAGUCGAUUGUGUUAGUUGUUAUGAGAAUCAUUAGCGGUUAGUCCUUGAUUAGUCGGACCGACGGAUGAAAGACUCCGAUCGGUCGUGAAAAAAGGGCUAGCAUGCAAGUAAAAAUAGAUCCAACUUACCAUGAUUUAUCUUCGGGGAUCCAUACCGGGGUUGGCAGGACCGGCGGAAAAUGCGAGGUAUUGAGCAUUUCACCUCAUUUUCCCCACCUGCAGAACUGCCGGGAGGGGAUCGCCCACUUUGCUUUAAUUGGCCAAUCUAA